AUGAAUCAACGCUUCAAUAUGGAAGUCCCCGUUUUGAUCAUUGGUACUGGCCCUUCGGGGGCCACGACCGCCCUCCUGCUCGCGCGAAUGGGGAUCAAAUCGAUGGUGGUCUCCAAGCACAAGAGCACGGCCAACACCCCCCGGGCACACAUCUUCAACCAAAGAGCAAUGGAGGUGCUGAGAGAUGCUGGCCUCGAGCCAAAGUUUCGAGAUCUAGCAACGCCCGCUGAUGAUAUGCAACACACUUCGUGGCUCAACACUCUGACUGGCGAGGAGUACGGUCGCCUCUGGGCCUGGGGGAAUAAGCCAGAACAGCGUGGUGACUACAUUGCCGCAAGCCCAUGCGUCAUGUCUGACAUCCCCCAGACGGUUCUUGAGCCUGUCAUUGUCGAAGAGGCUAAGCGACUCGGGGCCGACUUCAGAUUCCACACCGAAUUUGUCAAGCUUCAGGAGAUCGAGGGCGGAGUUGCUACCGUUCUCCGCGAUCGAGGCAGCAAAGAGGAAUACGCUGUUACAUCGAGAUUCCUCGUGGGCGCCGAUGGGGCCAGGAGCGCUGUUCUCACACAACUAGGAAUUCCCAUCCACGGACGCCAAGUCAACACGGCCUUCAACGUCCACAUCCGAGCUGAUCUCACCAAGUACUUGGCACACAGACCUGGAAGCUUGAAUUGGGUCCUGAACACUCAAGCACCCGAGUGGUCCGCCGUGGGGAACUUCCGCAUGGUUAGGCCAUGGAACGAGUUUGUGGUUUCCAUGCACCCUGCCACCAAGGACCCGACCUCGUUCCAGCCGACCCACGAGUCUCUCAAGGCCCGUCUGCAUGAGAUGAUUGGGGACUCUAGCGUCGACAUUCAGAUCCUGUCUUACUUCUCGUGGUCCAUCAAUGACCAGGUCGCCGAGAGGUGGCACCAAGGACGUGUCUUUUGCAUCGGCGACGCUACGCACCGUCACCCACCCAUCAACGGUCUCGGCAGCAACACGUGCAUUUCCGACGCCUUCAACCUCUCCUGGAAGCUGGCAUACGUUCUAAAGGGUCUUGCCGCGCCCUCUUUGCUCGAGACCUUGACGGUAGAGAGGAAGCCUGUCGGCGACGGCAUCGUCCGCCGGGCCAACGACGGAAUGGAAGCUCAUCGACGACUCUGGGACGUCCUGGGCCUCGACCCCGAAAGUCGAGACAAGGCGACAAAGGUGCUAGCCUCUGCCAACCCCGAAGGCGCGGGGUUACGACGACAACUCCGUGACGCCAUGGAGGCGACCGAGGAUGAGGUUCAGGCGCUGGGUAUACAGAUGAACCAAGUCUACAAGGAGUCAACCGCAGUCUUGGCAGAGCCAGAUGACGAGCCUCCUAACUUUGGCCAUCUGAAUGCCAUCAGGCAAGUGUUCGUCUCCACGUAUCCCGGAUACCACUUGCCUCAUGUCUGGCUGGCAGCAGACGCAAUGUCGCCCCGGAUAUCGACGCUGGACUUGAGCGGUGACGGCGCCUUUACUCUUUUCACGGGCAUCGGGGGGGAAGAUUGGAUCAAGGCAGCCAAGAAAAUUAGCGUAGAGACUGGCGUGAAAGUCACUGGAUACUCAAUUGGUUUCCACUGCGACUACAUGGAUUGCUACCGUCAUUGGGUGCGAGUCAGGGGCGUGGAUGAGGAUGGCGCUGUACUGGUUCGGCCGGACCACUUUGUAGCCUGGAGGUCCCGUAGAUUAAUGAGCGAUCCAUAG